ACGGCGAGUGAAUCAGUUCGAGUUUUUGCUUAGUGCAUAGUGUACUGUGUUACAAUAUCGCAUAGUGCGCUUCGCCUGUUCACUGAAAAAUUAAAUUGGUUUAGCUUGAUUUUUGCGGUGUUUAAAUAUAUUAUUUAUUCAAUAUCCAAUGCAAGUUUAUUUGAAACAUAUCAACUAUAAACAAAUACGACGACGAUUCGGGACUAGAAGCAAUAUUGGAUUACAUGCUAAACAAAAAAUGUUACAAAGUAUAUGUGGAUUAACAAUAAGUACUUAAAGAACUCUAUAAAUUAUAUUAAUAUAAAGUGACGGACAUUUUUCCACAAGAAAAAUUUAUAAAAUUCAACAAAUUGUGUAUAAAAAAAAUAGUGCAAAGAGUACAAAGCCGUUGCCCGGAAAAGAGACUGCAAUAAAUAGCAAAACGACAUAGUAAAACAAGUGAAAACAACACACACACACACAAACCAAAAAUGCAGCAAAAUUUAUAAAAAGUGCAAAAACGGAAAAGCAGUAAUACUUGAAGAAGUUUAAACAAAGCUGCUGCCAGAUACGGAAAAUUGUGCAACAACAAUUUUCGCGACCACCACAGUAUCAACGAUACAUAAAAAUUAACGCCCGACAUUAUAUUGUCGCAAAAUUGUAAACUCCUGUAAUUAAGUACAAUAAACAAAUAAACACACUUCAAAAUGAUGUGGGACACAAUUGCCGAAGAAACCAACGGAGAAAUGGCCAUGGAAUUUGCAAGCUGUCAGAUGCCACACAACUUGAAUUCUGUCGCUGCUAGCAGUAAUGGAGCCAGCCGUCAACGCCAGUCGUUGAACAUCUUGAACAGCUCGAUGAACGACAUGGCAGUCGAUCAUCAGUUGUCAAUCUAUGGCGAUGACGAACAUGCGGAGCUGAAUCAAGUCGAAAACUUGCGUUCGGCCGAUUUCGAUAUGCCACAACAGAUGGGUUUGCUGUCACCUGAAGGCUCACCAUGCCGUUUCCAAAUAGUACAAAAACCAAGAGCAUCGAAUGGUCAACAGCGCCAGUCAUUUGCAUCACGCCUACAGAAGCUACAACAUAACAAUACCGGCAAUGGCAGUGCUAGCACACCAACACCACCGAAGAGUCUGCGUAUUUUCCACAGCUUGUCGUCUGGUUCGAUGGGUUCUUCGUCCAUGGAGGAAGAUUACAUGGAUCUCUUUGAAAUGGAAUCACUUGAGAAUUCAAUGAUGCCAUCCAAUAACAUGCCAAAAGUACCCAGCGAUCUAGACUCGUUGUUUGUCGGUCAAAUCAAGAAUAUAUUAUCACCUGCCCACCGUUCAGUCGAACAGUCACAAUUGUUCGACCAACUGAAAACGCCAGAGAUGCGUCGUCCACCAGUACGCCGUUGCCUGAGCAUGACUGACAAUUUGCUGCCAGCACCCAAAACGCCAGAGACGCUGCUCAAACAAGUGCAAGAAAUUGCCACCAGCCCCUAUGGUGUUAAGCUGCUAACAACGGAGCGUAACAAUAGCAACAUUAAUUGCUUCAAACGUCCCGAUCCACCAUCGAAGACCAACUCACCGGUACUCAUCAAGCGUUACCGCAUUGAAGCCGAAAAGGAGAAUCUCGAUGAUUCCUUGACAAUGUCACUGUCAAUGCUGCCAGCGCCUCAGCCCAAGCUCAGCCAUCCACCACCAUUGCGCAAGAGCAUGUCGAUGAAUGAUGCCGAAAUCAUGUCGGCGCUCGCACGCUCCGAGAGCAAGGACGAACCAGAUCUCAUCGGUGAUUUCAGCAAACCAUAUGUACUGCCACUGAUGGAUGGACGUCAUCGUGACUUGAAAUCAAUCUCCUGCGACACAAUGGCACGUCUGUUGCGUGGCGAUUUCAAUCAUGUUGUGGCCAACUAUCGCAUCAUCGACUGUCGUUAUCCAUACGAAUUCGAGGGUGGCCACAUACGCGGCGCACAAAACCUGUACACACAGGAACAGAUACUCGAGGAGUUCCUCACACAACAAAAGACUGAAAUGGAACAGCGUAAAGCAAGCAAUGAUCAUCGCCGCAAUAUCAUCAUAUUCCACUGCGAAUUCUCAUCUGAGCGUGGCCCGAAAAUGUCGCGUUUCCUGCGCAGCAACGAUCGUGAGCGCAACACCAAUUGCUAUCCCGCACUCGACUACCCCGAGAUCUACUUGCUACACAAUGGGUACAAAGAAUUCUACGAACAUCAUUCCGAGUUGUGCGAUCCCACUGCCUAUCGGCCCAUGUUGGAGCCAGCAUACAACAGCGCCUAUCGUCACUUCCGCUCCAAGACAAAGUCGUGGAACGGUGAUGCCGGUUUGGGCGGUGCUACCGGGCGUCUAAAGAAAUCUCGUUCACGACUAAUGCUGUAAGUGAAGCGAAGGCGACAACAAAAGUGCAGCAGUAGCAGCAGCAGUGCAGCAAAUGAGUAAAAUUACCAAACCAAACGCCGCAGCUUCAGCGUGUAUAAAAACAAAAUUACAAAACUUUUUUUAUACAUUAGCUGGGCAGCAGGUGGGCGCGCAUGCGGUCAUUAGGACGUCGCUCAGUAGUCGGUAGCAACUUAACAAAGACUGCCGGCGUAAUGAGUUUGACAAGGAGUGCGGUUGGGGAAGAACAAAUCAACGAUUGCAGUACAAAUUCAAAAGCCCAGCUUUAACUAACGCUAGAAUACUAGAAAAACGAAAAACAAACCCAACGCCAACUCCCAAUAGAGUUACGGGACAGGCAAACACUCGCACUCAUACCACACACACACACACACACAACCACAUAAAUGUACAUAUACACACAUGCAUUUAGCAAAUUCAUAAUUUCACCACAACACUCACCAUCAUAAGCCAUCAGCAUUCAUCAAAUUUACAUUCAAUUUGUUUUUGUUGAAUUUUUUAUUCGAUGUUUUAUGUCCAAUUUGGAUUUUAUUUUAUAGAAACAUUUUUAUGUGUAUGUAUGUACCACAAAAAAAAACACAAAAAAACAAAAACAAAAUUUGCUAACUCGUUUGUGCAUAGACUGCAACGAGUAUUAGCACAUGUAUGCGUGCCGUGUGUGUGUAUGUGCGUACAAAAUGUACAUAUAUAUACAUAUGUUAAGUGUUUGUGAAAAGAACACUUUCAAGGCUACCAAGUCACUGGUGGUCUACGAGUUAGCGCAGUGCAGUGUACAGCUGUGUGUGUGUGUGCGCGCGCGUCUGUGUUAGGCGCCUCCAUGUUGUAAAUAAUGUGUAUGUAUGUAUGUAUUUAUGUAUGAGUUAAGCAUAACGCAACGUUUGUAAAAAAAUGCUUAAAAUAUUUAAUUUAUUUGCUAUGAAUAGCUUUAGUUAGCUUAAUUUAAUUUGCCUAGUUGAUAUGUGGAAGAAGAGGCGCCAGCAAAACACAGCCGCGGCGCACACACAAACACACAAGCGCAUAAUAACUCACACAUUGUAAAUUAUAAUUAAAAAAAAAAAAAACAUUGUUUGCACCCUUAAUUUAUUUAGUUACAAAAAAAGUAUAAAGUAAAAUACAAAAAACAAGUACAAUAUAUAUUUGUUAGUGAAAUUCAUGCGUAAAUAAUUCAUAGUCUUAUGCAUGUAUGUAUGUAUGUUAAAUAAUAUAGCAAAUGCUAUGCUAAGCACUUACAAAAACAAAAAAUGAAAAAAAAAUCGAAAUUUGUGCAUUAUUAUGUAUAAUUUGAAUAUGUUAUGUGUACAACAAAAGCACAACAACAUGAAAAUGAAAGAGUGAAAGUGAAGCAACAACAAUUUAUUUUUGCAAAUACUUUUGUUUAUAUAUUUGAUUUUCUUUAUGUUUAUUUUCGAUAUAUGUACAUUUCGAUGUUAAAAAAGCACGCAUACAUAUAAUACAAAUACAAAUAAGAAAUAUUAAAACAAUGUAACAAUAUACACAGAUAUAGUAUGUUCAUAUGUACACUGUUGUACGCGCACACACAUACACACACACAUGACUUGUGUCGCACGUUGCAGUCGAAGAAACACAUGCAAACAAAUUCAACGUAAAGUUAAAAACAAUUACGCUUAUUUUAUGUUAUAAGUACCCCUUUUUUAUUUUUAAAGCAUAGCUUUCUUUUUCAUAUAAAAAAAAUUACAAAAAAAUACAAAAAAAAAAACAAAAAUGAAAAAUGCAAUACAAAAAUAAAAUAUGUAAAAAAGGAAAAAUAUAAGAAAUUUAUCAACCAAAAUUACAUGGCUUUAAUUACAACAAAAACAAAAAAACAAAAACAAAAAGUAGAAAAUCAGCAAGCAAGCUUGUGUACUUUGAAAAUUCCACUUUGAGCGGCGUGAAAAAGAAUUUAUGCAAAUACUUUGGGGCUUGAAAUAAGCGUGAUUGUGUCGCUUGAUAACUACCGCUAAGUAGUGUAGCAAAACCACAACAAAAAAAAAACACAAAAUAAAAAACAAAUGUAACAAGUAACCUAUAACCUUCGAAGUGUCUCUUUAAACAGUCAAGUUUUCAAGUAAUUUUAGUGCGUGCGCCUAAAAUAAAUACUUUUGCAUAUUUCAUAUAAUAA